UUUUUGCGGCUGCAGUCAGGAGUCAAACCCAGUCAUGCGAGGGGAGCUCCGAUUGUAUUUGUAUACCACAACCAAGUUCGUACCAAGUGGCAUGCCCGAAAUCCCCCUACUCGGACUCGAUGUUCACAGCAGACUAUCAGCGGAACAACAGUUUUCAGAUUCAGUGCAAAAAUUCCGGUGAUAUUGAUUUCAAUUUGAUGAAAGGCUUAAACAUCGGCCCCAUUAAAUUUUUCGGACUGAAAUUUUGUCCCUUGCCAAACAUCACAUUCAAAGAACUGAUGGCAUCCAUGCAGAUAACCCAGGCCUCGAAGAUUGAUUUUAAGUCUUACUCUGACUUGGAUGAUACCCUAAAUCCUGACCUGUUUGAGGGUUUAGAAACAGUCACACAACUUUCUCUGAAUAACAAUGGCCUUACCAAAUUGCCAGAUAACCUAUUCGACAGCAUGCCUGGCCUUACAUCCAUUUCACUGUGGAAUAAUCGCUUGAAGACACUUCCUAGAUUCAUUUUCAGCCGAACACCUUAUCUACAGGUUUUAGAGCUGGGACAAAAUCAAUUGAUCAAUCUAGAGCCAGGAGUGUUUAAGAAUUUAUCGCACAUACGAUUAUUGAAUUUAUGGAGCAAUCAGCUGAUAAACUUGUCAAGAGCUGUCUUCGCCGAUGUACCUAAUUUAGAAAAUCUAGAUCUUGCUUCUAAUGGUUUAAAAACUUUACCACCAGAUAUAUUCGCCGACUUAACGAAGUUAUCAGCUUUGAAUCUAAACCACAACGAAUUCACCCAUCUACCAUAUGGAUUAUUUUACGGCACGCCAUCCCUAGAAAGACUGCGACUGAAUUUUAAUAGAAAAACACUUAAAACUCUGCCAGAUUUUUUUCUCGCUAAUUUGACUCUCCUGAGUGAAGUAACCAUGACUCAGUGUAAUAUUUCAUCUAUACCGCGUAAUCUAUUUUGGAACUCCAAGAACAUCCUACAUGUUUCCUUCGAGGGAAAUCAGCUGAAACAACUCCCGGAAGAUUUGUUCCGAGAUUCCAAGGAACUGCUGACAGUCGAUUUCAGUAAAAACAAAAUAGAAAGCCUGCCGGAUUUUCUUUUUGAAUCGACCCCCAAGAUAAAGGAUAUCAAACUUUCUCACAAUAAUCUACACACAAUUUCAAGGUUAACUUUUCGAGGAUUGUCACUUCUGAACACUCUCGAUUUGGAAUGGAACAGAUUGAGCAACAUUGAUGGAGACGCCUUCAUUGAUUUGGGAUCGCUCACUAGAAUUCAGCUAUCCAACAAUAAGCUGGCUUUUAUGGAUAAAUUGUACGAAAUUUUCGGCCCGACUUCUUCUCCACUACAAUACUGCAAAAAACUUGAGAUCAUUCUGUUGGCAAAUAACUCCAUAGAAACUAUUUUCCAAGACUGGCAGCUCCUAACAACUCUGCGCAUUCUCGACCUCAGUCGCAACAAAAUAAAGAAUAUCAGUAAGGAGGAUUUAUUAUUUGUGUCGAACGAUGUGACGGUGAACUUGAAUGACAACGAAAUCUCAACGGUCAAUUUCCGGCAUAUCGAACAGUUCGCUCUGCUUCAGUUAAACAGUAGCACUGGAGUCAACUACAAAAAUGAGAAGAAAAGCAUAAAUGUCAAGAUAGGAAACAACCCCAUAAUAUGCGACUGUUUCAUUUACGAUUUGAUUCGCUACUACGAAGGAACACUUACCCCUGAAGUGCGGUUCUUAUUCAGCAUCGACUUGGGAGAGACACGGUGUGCAGGCCCUAACGGAAUGCAACAUCUAAAAGUGGCCACAUUAAACUCAAAAAUUCUCACCUGCUCCUGGGAUCAAAUCGGUAAUAUUUCGCAUCCAUGCCCACAGCACUGUGCUUGCGCAUUUAGAGUGCAUGACAAUGCAAUGAUUAUGGACUGUUCGAACGGAGAUUUGGAUCGGUUUCCUGACAGUAUUCCCUCUGUUAGUGGGUUAAUGAAAACAGAAUUGAACUUGAGCAACAACAAACUGAGGAAGCUGCCAACGGAUGACGUUUUCAUCAAGCACAACAUCACCAAAAUUGAUGUAUCUUACAAUCAAAUUGGCAACAUCGAUCAAAUCUUAUUCCCACAAAGUUUACAGGUUCUACGCCUGGACCACAACAAUUUAAGCAAGGUCUCGGAGCAAACACUCCACCGCUGGGAGCGCCUUGAACUAUCUCAAGUGACCUUACACGGGAAUCACUGGAAAUGCGACUGCGAGGCGGCCCCUCUUUUGAAUUUCAUACAAGCUCACUACACAAAGAUCCCAAAUUACGAAAAUGUUACUUGCUGGCCAAGCAAUACACCAAUUAAGAAACUCAAAACUAGCAACCUCUGUCCUCUAGACCUCCUCAUCUAUGGGUGCAUUUCAAUUGCCAUCCUCGGUGUUCUAAGCGGGUUCAUUGCAGCAGUGUAUUACCGGUAUCAAAGAGAAAUUAAAGUAUGGCUAUUUGCGCACCAGCUUUGUCUGUGGUUUGUUACGGAGGAAGAACUCGAUAAGGAUAAGAAGUACGAUGCGUUUGUGAGUUACUCCAGUCUUGACAAAGCAUUUGUUGAAGAUAUUUUAGUACCUCAGUUGGAAAGUGGCCCAAAUCCAUUUAAACUUUGUGUGCACUAUCGAGAUUGGCCAGUGGGUGAAUUCAUUACUGAUUCGAUCAUAAGGUCCGUAGACAAUUCUCGAAGAACUUUGAUUAUCCUUUCCAAAAAUUUCAUAGAAAGUGAUUGGAGCAAGCUAGAAUUUCAGGCGGCUCAUAAAAGAGCUUUAAGUGAAGGUAGAGCUAGAGUCAUCAUCGUCCUGUUCGGUGAUAUUGGACCGAAAGACAACCUAGACGAGGAUGUUAAAACAUACCUGUCAACUAAUACUUAUGUUGAGUGGGGUGACCCAUGGUUUUGGCAGAAACUGAGGUAUGCUCUACCGCAUCCUCCAGAACUACGCAAAAAAGUUCCGGGUGAGCUCAGGGAUAAAAACAUAAGGAGGGUAACAACAGAAAAAUUAGAUUUGGUGCAUAAAUCAAAUGGUACCGUUAAUAUGGAAUCAACACCUCCAGCUAAUAGUAUCACGAUGAAUCCUUUUAACUCAUUAAACGGAGUUGUAACAAAUGAUGCAUCUUUAAUUCAGUGUAAGUGAAUGUAGUAUUUGACGUCUAAAUAGAAAUAUUUGUGGAUUGAAAUACUCAAGGAUUACAUAGAGUCAUGAUGAGAUAAAUGAAUUACACCAGGAAAAUGAGGACCAAAUUUUUCAAGGUUUCAUGUGUUCAGUAUCAAUUUCAAAGACCAAGGUGGUUUUGAUUUAUGCGACUUUGAAGUAUAAAUUUCAAUUAGGUAAUUGCCAAAACCUACAGGGUAAAAUUAUUGCUAUUUCAUCGGAGUGUUGUGUAUGUUGCCUAUCCACUAAUUGAAGGGGCUCCAAGAGGAUCAAGUUCAAUAAGAAUUGAAAUUGAUUGCGAACAUUGAAAUAAGUUACAAUUUUCAUUUGCAUUGCAAAUUUCAUACAUUCCUCACUUACAAGACUAUUUUUAUUGAUUGUUUAAAAUCAGCAUCCAUUGACCAAAAUGAUUAUAUGAAAACAUGAACAUUCCAUGGUACAAAAUUGCAAUCUUAUUGCAUUAAAUUGUGUUUCAAUAUAUUUGUUGCACUGUUCUACUUGGAGAAUUGAUGUUGAUUUUCAAUAAUGUGAAAUUCAUCUUUAUUGUCGUGAAAAUGACCCCUAUACUGAUGACUGAAACAAGAGAUUUCUCUUUCUCAAUAUGUUUGACUUCAAAACAGAGUAUUUUCUUAAAUCGUGAUCUGUGUAAUCCUAAAUUUGCAUCACGUAAUUUUUUAAAAACUCCCAUCAGCUUAUCCAACUUGAUUGUUGCAGGGUUGAGAGAGUUGAAAUCAAAAAACUUUUUUAUUUUAAGUUCUCAGAUAUAAAAUGUCCAUUGAGAUACUAUUUUCCUCAAGACUGAUCCUUAUCUGUAAAAAUAAUGAGCGUAAACUUAACCAUAUCAAGUUUAUUUAAUUUCCAUACUUAGAUCCAAGGCUGCAAGUUACUGAGCGCUUCAUAUUGACAUAAAUAAUGGAUGCUCACUCAGUCACAAAUUUCUCAAUUGUAAACAAUAUUUUCUAAAGAUCUCUAUUAGUGUAAGUACCCACCCAACAAUAAUUGAGUUAGUUGUGUCGAAAAUAAGAAAGCCCAUUU